AUUUGGUGUUGCGUCGUUUUUGUUUUCGAUACAGAGUAUGAAUUGUUUCGUACGUUUCCGGUUCGGGCGGCCAGGAUCAGUUUUUGAUCUUGUGCAGAUGCGCUGCUUUUUUGCUGGAUCGAAAGGAAUUUUUGACUUGGCGUACGCGUGAGAGUGCUUGAAACGGAUGGGUGCGUGUGUUGGUGUUGUUGGCUGUUGGGUGAUUGCAGUUACCUACACACAGGUAGCGGCGAUCGAAUUCUGAUAGACGACGAUCAUAACUUGAUGGUUCAGCUAACACCAAUACCAGAGGGAAGAAAAACUUCGGAUCAUCGAUAGCGGAAAUCAUGGAUAAAUCAACAGGAAACAUAGGAAGAAACUGUAUAUUUUUUCGGUUGUUUUUUAAACCAUAAUUAGAACAAGAUAUAAGCUAAAUGGAGCUUGAAACAGUUCAAGAUAUGGCAAAUUGUUGUAUGGUUUUUGCUGCGAUGAGCACGAAUUUUUCCAGUAAACCUUCUUCACUUGGUUUAUGGAAAUAAAGAUUACCAACGAAAAAUGAAACUGGAAAGUAGAAAAAUUCUGCUCGUGACAGUGGGUACGGCACUGGGACUUCUAUGCUUAGCCCAAUUUGCCUACUCCUGCAAUGAAAUGGUCUGCGCUAGUAUCGUGUCCAAAUGUAUGCUAACACAAAGCUGCAAAUGUGACAUGAAAAACUGCUCCUGUUGUAAGGAAUGCUCCGAGUGCUUGAGCUAUCUGUACACCGAGUGUUGCAGCUGUUUGGAGAUGUGUCCGAAACCGAACGAGACAACCAACGAACUAAGCAAGCAGUCCCACGUGGAGGAGCUGGAGGGAUUUCCGAAUUUGUUCAACGUACUCACAUCCGAUGACGAUCCGGAGGAACGAUGGAGGAUUUUCACUUUUCCGAUCGAUUUCGAUGCGGCACUGUACGGACCAAAUGCCGAGAGAGGCAUGAAGUAUCUAAUGCACUCCAGUGACAACGACCUGAAGCCACGUUUCGAGGAUCCGACAAAGAUAACCGUCAACUGCACCGUGGCCUACAUGGCGCAGUGUAUGUCCUGGAACAAGUGCAAGGAAAGUUGUGGCACCAUGGGAUCCUCUAGCUAUCGGUGGUUCCACGAUGGAUGCUGCGAAUGCGUCGGUCAGAUGUGCAUCAACUACGGUAUCAACAACUCUCGUUGCCGGGAUUGUCCGGAGAACAAGGACCAGGAUUUGGACGACAUACCCAAUGAGGACGAGCUGGACUAUGGGGACGGGGUUGGACCGCUGGAUAAUGGUGGUGUUGAGUCCACCAACAUCUGAAUGAUUUCGGCAUGGUGGAUCUUGAUGAUGGUUGCCAGUGCGUUGUUGGUUGGUGUAUGAAACUGAUGGGUUCCGGUGAAAUGUGCCUUAAAACUAGCUAGCGGUUGUGCUUUGAAGUGUAUAGAUUGGACAGAAGAGUUGUAUUGAACACAAACGAAGUAUUCCAAAUGUACUUGAGUAAUGUACUUGAAUCAAAACAAAAAAAGGUUCGUCUUCGAACGGGGGAAAAUUCGACAGUAUUUAAUGCGAAGGCAAUUAGGCGGCUUUUGUGACGUUUUGUAUUUACAAAUAAAAUCUAUCAUUAUUUAUAACUUUUUGUGCAGGGAAAAAAUCGAACAAGAAAUUACAUCACUUAACUACUAAUAUUUAAGAAUUUUAUGUACAAUAAAAUUUUAACUAUGUAUUGUAA